GGGCCCCCGGACCUCAUUUCCCAGCGUGCCCUGCCGGCGCCUGUGUCUUGGAGCUUGUGUGCGCCUGCUGCUUGGGUCGGCAGCUGCCGGUCGCUGAGGUGCCGGCUGCUUCCUGGUCUCCGUCCGCCCCGGCGCCGCCCGCCUGCCCGGCUCGUCGCUCCCCUCGGGGCCAUGGCGCCAUAGAGCCUCGCGGGCCGCAGCCGCCCUUCGCCGCCAGCAUGUUCGGCCGCUCCCGCAGCUGGGUGGGCGGCGGACACGGGAAGGCCGCCCGUAGCAUCCACUCCUUGGAUCACCUCAAGUACAUGUAUCAUGUUUUGACCAAAAAUACAACAGUAACAGAUCACAACCGCAACCUACUGGUGGAGACUAUUCGUUCUAUAACAGAGAUCCUUAUAUGGGGGGAUCAGAAUGACAGUUCAGUAUUUGACUUUUUCUUGGAGAAGAAUAUGUUUGUUUUCUUCUUGAACAUCCUGCGUCAGAAGUCUGGUCGUUAUGUGUGCGUACAGCUGCUGCAGACCUUGAACAUCCUUUUUGAAAACAUCAGUCAUGAAACAUCAUUGUACUACCUGCUUUCUAAUAACUAUGUGAAUUCUAUUAUUGUCCACAAAUUUGACUUUUCCGAUGAGGAGAUCAUGGCAUAUUACAUAUCAUUUUUGAAAACUCUUUCUCUGAAACUCAACAAUCAUACUGUACAUUUCUUUUAUAAUGAGCACACUAAUGACUUUGCUUUGUAUACAGAAGCUAUAAAGUUUUUUAACCACCCAGAAAGCAUGGUCAGAAUUGCUGUUAGGACUAUAACUUUAAACGUCUACAAAGUGGACAACCAGCCAAUGCUGCAUUACAUUAGAGAUAAAACUGCUGUCCCUUAUUUCUCCAACCUUGUUUGGUUUAUUGGAAGCCACGUGAUAGAACUGGAUAACUGUGUGCAGACUGAUGAAGAGCACAGAAAUAGGGGCAAACUGAGUGACCUGGUAGCAGAACAUCUUGAUCAUUUGCAUUACCUUAAUGAUAUCCUUAUCAUUAACUGUGAAUUUUUAAAUGAUGUGCUGACAGACCACCUACUUAAUAGGCUCUUUCUUCCCCUCUAUGUGUAUUCCUUAGUAAAUCAAGAUAAGGGUGGGGAGCGUCCAAAAAUAAGUCUCCAAGUUUCCCUCUAUCUUCUUUCUCAAGUUUUUCUAAUUAUACAUUAUGCACCUUUGGUGAACUCAUUGGCUGAGGUUAUUCUUAAUGGUGACCUGUCAGUGUUUUCUUCUAAAGUUGAGCAAGAUAUUCAGAAAAAUUCAGCAAAGUCAAGUAUCAGAUGUUUCAUAAAACCCACCGAAACUCUUGAGAGGUCUCUUGAAAUUAACAAACAGAAGGGGAAGAAGAGAUUGCAGAAAAGACCCAACUAUAAAAAUGUUGGUGAAGAAGAUGAAGAGGAGAGAGGAUCUGAGGAUUCCCAAGAUGACCUAGAUAAAUCUAAAGGUACAGAAGGGAGUUCAAAGGGCAUCAGAACAAGCAGUGAAAAUGAAGAAAUAGAGAUGGUAAUCAUGGAGAGAUGUAAACUGUCAGAAAUGUCUAUCUCUACUGUGACAGAACAGAAUACAACAGAUGAAGAAAAGAGUGCAGCUGCCUCUGGGAGUGAGAUGACAAACUGGAAUAGGCCUUUUCUCGAUAUGGUCUAUAAUGCGCUAGACUGUGCUGAAGAUGAUUACUAUGCUCUCUUUGUGCUCUGUCUUCUGUAUGCCAUGUCACAUAAUAAAGGAAUUGACCCAAUCAAGCUGGACAGAAUUCAACUUCCUGCUCAACAUGCCGAAGAGAGAAAUUCAUAUAAUCAUGUACUUGCAGAAGGGCUCAUCAGGAUAAUGAAUUAUGCUGCACAACCAGAUGGAAAAAUCCGUUUGGCAACAUUAGAACUUGGUUGUCUGUUGCUUAAGCAACUUGUAUUUUCUAAAAAUAGCAGCAUCAUAAAAGAUGUUCACCUUGCUUGCCUUGAAGGAGCAAGGGAAGAAAGUGUUCAUCUGCUGCGACGUUUUUACAAGGGAGAAGAAAUUUUUCUGGAUAUGUUUGAAGAUGAAUACCGGAGUAUGACAAUGAAACCCAUGAAUGUAGAGUACUUGAUGAUGGAUGCCUCCAUUCUGUUGCCUCCAACGGGGACACCACUGACUGGUAUUGAUUUUGUGAAAAGAUUGCCCUGCGGAGAUGUGGAAAGGACACGAAGAGCGAUCAGAGUUUUCUUUAUGCUCCGUUCACUGUCACUGCACCUGCGAGAUGAACCAGAAACUCAGUUACCACUGACAAGGGAGGAAGAUCUAAUAAAGACAGAUGAUGUUCUUGACUUGAAUAACAGUGAUCUAAUUGCUUGUACAGUGAUAACAAAAGAUGGGGGUCAAGUUCAAAGGUUCCUGGCUGUGGAUAUUUACCAGAUGAGUUUGGUUGAGCCAGAUGUCGCCAGACUUGGCUGGGGAGUCGUUAAGUUUGCAGGCCUUUUGCAGGACAUGCAGGUAACAGGAGUAGAAGAUGAUAGUAGGGCUCUGAACAUAAUAAUUCAUAAACCUGCUUCUAGUCCUCAUUCUAAGCCCUUCCCUAUCCUUCAAGCUACCUUUAUUUUUUCUGAUCACAUUCGCUGUAUUAUUGCGAAACAGCGUCUUGCUAAAGGUCGUAUCCAAGCUCGGCGUAUGAAAAUGCAGAGAAUAGCAGCUCUCCUGGAUCUUCCUGUUCAGCCUUCAACUGAAGUUAUGGGUUUUGGACACAGCUCUGCAGCUACGUCCCAACACCUUCCAUUUAGAUUUUAUGAUCAGUCACGACGUGGUAGCAGUGAUCCCACAGUGCAACGGUCUGUUUUUGCCUCUGUUGACAAAGUUCCAGGAUUUGCUGUAGCGCAGUGUAUAAAUCAGCAUAAUCCAUCACCACUCUCAUCACCAUCUCCUUCAAGCGGCAGUGGGAGUACAGGGCGCUGUGAUUCAGUGACUGCAAGCUCAACUUCCACUCCUUCUGCUGCACAGAGCCCAUCAGAUCUGGCAGGAAAGGACGACGGCGGGUGUUUAGUCUGUCGGAGGCUGACAGUCACGGUGGACACUGGGUUUAGGUCUUCAAGCAGCAGCUGCAACCGAAACUCACGCAAUAUCAAUUCAGAUGACUCUUCAGCUCCAGAGCAGCCUCAGAUGACCAUUUCUGGUCAGAUGAUGUUGACUGAUGAAACUCUUUCAGCUGUCUCAAAGUCUAGCAAGAACGCUGUAAAACACAGUGACAUAGAAACAGCAAACCUGUCCCCUAGCCUGAUUCCUGCACAGCAGCCCACAAUAUCAUUAAUAUCGGAUGACAAUACAGAUGCACUAAGCGUAGAGUCGCUUACAUUGGUCCCACCAGUUGAUUCACACAGCAUUCGUACAUUCAGCUACAUUCCUCAGUCCUCUUUGCAAUCUGAAGUUGAAGUUUGCAAGGUGAAAGAAAGAGAGGAAGAAUGUUCUGACUCAUGUCAACCUUUGGACUGUGAUAAACAGUGAAGCAAAUGCAACCAGUUUCUUCGUCAUUUUUUUUGGGCAAGUGCAGAUACUUCUUGAACCAUUAGAGGCCAGCUGGUCCACAAGAAGAGGCCCACUGAUGAAAGAGAAUAUCGGCAGCUUUUUAAAUAAACAUCAGAUGUUCAGCAUAUUUAAACUGAGUUGGGGGGGGAACUGUUUUGAAUCUGGGCUGGAUGUUUCCACAACCAUUUCUGUUAUACAAGAACACAAAAGUAUUUCAGAGCACCUACUUUCUUUAAAUACAGUUCCAGCUGCAGGAACUGGGUUAGUUGUAAAAGCUCUACAGUAUUAUGGAGAAGUGAAGAAAUUUUGGGAUACCUGGCUUCGGGAUAUUGAAUCAUUAUUUUGUUGGAACUGGCGACAUGCCAUUGACAAGGAAAAAAGUAUAUAUUAUAGUACAGAUGUAUCAUUUCCAUUUGAGACAAGUUUUUUGUUUUUUUUUUUUUUUUUAAUACUGAUCUCAUUCAGCUUUUGGAGGUCUGCAUGAUAACAGCAGGCUUGGCCACUUUCAGUGUUGUCUUCAUAGGACUCUAAACUUCAAUAUUGUAUUUUCCAUGUGUAAUAUUUAUUUCAGGGUUUGAUUCAAAGCAAGAUAUAUAUCUAACCUUUUUUAGAAGGUAAACGCCUCAAACUUAAAAAGGCUUAUUCAGGUUAACAUAAGUGAUUUUUGAGACUUCCUUAGUCUUUGCUUAACCAUCUGCAGAAGAAUGUAAAAUAUUUUGAGAUUGCUAUAGCUUGUUUGUUCUCUUCUGACAGUCAGAUUGCUACUCAUCUGAGGAAUGAAGAAAUCCAUUCUACUGAAGGACAAUUUUUAGAAGCAAACAGUUGAAAGAGUGGUUUUUUUCUUUCUUGUUGUUGCUGUUGUUUUUUUAAUUUUGCAUCUUCAUGUAGGAGGAAGGUCACCACACCUAACUGAUAACUCCAAGUACGAAACACAGAAGGGAAGGUAUUUUUUUCUAUCUGGGAUAGUAUCACUGUUUAAAAAAAAAAAAAGUUAAAUGAAAUUGCUACGUAAAAGUGAUUCUGAUCUUAUGCUUGCCUUACUUUGCCUUGUAGAUCCUGAUACUGAGGUGACAAAGUAAUGGAAAAGUUUUGAUUAAAGUUUGGCAUGUUUCUUGCUGACUUGAUUCAUAACUUAACAUGAAUAGAGUUUAAGCUUUCUCAUCGGUUUCCAUGUGUGUUAAUUUAAAUUAGUAAUAAGAUGAGCAGAAUGUUAUUGCUGGUCUUCACAUAGCAUUAUCAAGUGCUCUGCGCCUCUCAAAGGUUAAAGACUACUAUUUGCUUUACAUGAUAUUGUGAUUUCAAUCAUCAGUGCAAUCUGUUUCCUGAUUCUGUCUCCACUUGCACUGAUCUGAUAUCAGAUAGGUAAAUCUGAGAAGUUUUUACCUACUUCCAGUUUCCGUUCUCUUACUGUCUCUGUCUGUCAGAUGGACUACUGAACUGAUUUUAAAUAUUAUAUCUUGAGAUUGAAUAAUCCAAAGGUAUAACUUUGCUCACUUUUUCAGUCUUUUCCAUAAUGUAAUAACUUAAUAGUUGCAAAACGUGCAUAUACAAGAUGAAAGCCAGUGAAUUUUCUCUUCCUUUAUCAGCUUUUUGCAUGCUAUCUUGUUGAUUUCUAGUUUUCUGUGGCUUCUACUUUGUAUCAAAUUGAAUUAACCAUUUCUCUGACCAUUUCAGAUAGGCUCAAACUCUAAAUGAAAUCUGAGAAUUAGGUAUCCUCAGCACUACUGUGGAUGUGGGAUGAGAAUUUGGCCUUGCAGCUGGAAUGAGAGCCCACCUUUUUUUGUCAUAUGCUUAGGGUAAGUUUACACUGCAGUCACUGUUGGCAGCUAAUGUAGAUGGACCUGAAGUAGCCUAGGCAUCAGGAGCAGUUUGGCCACAGGGACCACAUAAAUAAUUUUUUUUAUUAGCUGAAGUGAUUGCAGACUACACUUACUCUAAGAUGUGGCAGUAUUACACUGUAGCCCCACUAAUAUUUUAAAAAACAUUAUAAAAAAUGAUGCCUUACUUAAUUUGAAAACAUUUUAUGUUAUUUGUUAACCUUAACUCUUUACCUAGAUUACAGAAAAUGCCACUGUGCAGGCUGAGUCCUCUUAAAUAGAAUUAAUUUUGGACAAGAAAAACCUUGAUCUUUAUUUAUCUAAUUUAAAAUCCAAUUCUAGCAAGAUUAGGGCCAUGUACAAAGAGGCUUUUUAAUGGGCAUGCAUAAUCUCACUCUUGAGCCAUACUGCACAACAAAUGGGACAAAGGGAAAGAAAGCCAACUUAGUUUGUGCUCUUCAUUAACUUCAUUAAUUAAUUUUAAAUCUCAUGACCAAUUGUCUACUGAGCUCUCCAAAGGAAAGGGCUGAGAGAAAUAGGUACUGCUGUUAAGAAAAUAGAAGACUAGGUCUACUGUGUAAACCACUCCUGGCAGAGCUUUAUGGGACAAGGGGUGGUGAAGUGGGAUAUCUGUUAGCAGUUCUGGCAAAAGCUCUCUACAAAUGUGCAGUUACACUAGGAAAGUUCUAGCCACAUCAGCUCUACCAAUAUUGUGCUAUUAUAUAAAAAGUAGCAAAGUGUUUAGACCAACCUAAAUUUCUGAAGGGUUGUGUCACAGAAGCAAUUACUUUGUCUGUUUCUAAUAUUAAGGCAUAUUGUAUAAAAUCUGCCUGUGCUUCAUGCUGCAGGAGGAGAGUUCAGAAUGUAAAAGCUCUGGAGAUGCUGAAAUGUCUGUCAUCUGGCAAUCUUUUUAUCUCUCUAAAACUAUGAUGUUACUCAUCUACAAUUCCUUGAAGAGUAUCAUAUUUAUCUCUCUCUUAUCAGAAAAAAAUCAAGGGCCGUUUCCUUACCCCCCCUUUCACUGUAAAAAGGAAACUCAACCAAGAAAGCAUUAGCACAUCAGCCACAAAUUUAAUUUUUUUCUAAACAAAAGUUGAUUUGAAUCAGUAUAACAUCACUUUUUUUAACUAAAUCCAGAUACCAAGUUGCAAAUGACAAGAGCAGCUAAACAACUGACCAUUCAUAAGGCUCCAUGUUUCAGUGUAAUACCACAGAGGGAAGGUGAGGAAACUACAGUCACGUUAAAAAUAGAUACAGAAAUGGUCCAGUGCAGAAUCCUGAAAUUUGGUGUGAGAUGCUAAAUUCUCAGUCUUUGUUUGUAAAGACUGUGCUCAUCUUCAACAGCAUUCAAUGGAUUUGCUGAAUAUAAACAUAAAACAGUUCUAUUAUUCCCAUCCUUUUGAGACAAGCCAAAGAAGCCAACGCAUACUAAUUAUUUCUUUGCUAUUUCCUGAUCUAUGCCUCCUGUAUUUUAUCAAAUUUUACCAGUAUACUACUUUUUUAAACAGAACUAUGGGUUGCCUUCACAGACCUUUGACAUCUCGCUUUCUCUUACUGGCCCUCUUGUUUCUCUGUCAUCCAGUGUACAAUGCUGGACAACACUUGAACUUUUCCCUCUUGGAGAGUAAUGCCAUCAUACAUUUGGUAAUCUGGUAAAGAAGAGGAAAAAAAAUUAGCACCUAAUUCUAAUGUCUGCCUCACUAGUGAAGUAAUACUUGCAGUUUAAAACUUGUGUAAGAAAUUGGGUUUUUUUCAGAACUUUUUUUUAUAUUGAAAGAAACCAGACAUUGUUUCCUGUACUUCACUUUAUAGGCUGUGUGGAUUAAACCAAAUUCGUUAGAAACUUGAUCAUGUAUAUUCCUACCGGAGCCUAUAUUUGCAUGUGAAGUCAUGAAUUAUCUACAGUAUAAGGACUGAGAUCAUUCAUAUUCUCCACUGCUAACUCAUGAUAAAUUCCAAUUCUGACUUCUGUUCCUUAAAUUAAGCUGAGGUUAUUUAUAUAUGUGUGUGUGUGUGUGUGUGUGUGUGUGUGUGUGUGUGUGUGUAAUGUAUAGUUACACCUUGUAAACUCCUCAUCAUUCUUCACUUUACAACACAGAAUUUUCUUUCAAGUCAUUCAGUGAGGAAAAAUUAGGGCUGUUUUUCAGAGUGAAAUUAACUUUUUUGAAAUACUGUUGCUAAAGUAUAGGUAUGUGACAUUUAAAACCCCUUCUUCCCUAUCCAGAAUUUGACUUAAAUCUGAAUCAGUACUCACAGUUUAAGUUACCGUCCAGUGAUUCGCACAUACCCUUCACUCAACAGUGACAGAAUACGGGGGAAAAAGAGUUCCUUUGUGGAUUUGAAGUAUUGUUGUUGCAUACAGAAUUUUAAAGUAGAAGGUUGAAGUAGUUUGUUUAUAGCAAAAAUCAGCAAUACUCAGCAGGACUUAAGUUAUUGUGAUUUUUUUUUUUUUCUAACUAAGCAGUAAGACAUGAGUAGCUGUAAUUUCCACACUCACAGCAAGUGGCCUUGGGUGAUUACUUUAACCAAUCUAGAAAUUCAAUAAUUGCCCUGUAAUUGAGUGUCAUUUUGCUAAUAGGAAAUGGAUUUUUUUGUAAAGUACAUGAAACUGUUAAAACUGUAUGCUUAAAGGCAUAGGUAAGCUAUCAGAUAAUCAGGUGAAACUUUAUGUAAAUGUAUGAAGCCACUUCAUAAAAGUAAAUGCUAAUCAUGUGUUGCUUGUGCUCUAGUCACUUUUCUUUUGCACAAGUAUUAUAGGUAAAUGACUACAGAAUAGCCCAAUGAGUAAUUUUGCUAACCAGUAUGUACUACUUUUCCAAAAGGUGGGCACGCAAAAAAUUCUGAUGUUGACUUCACUAGCCAGCUUAAGUUUAAUGGUGAGUUGCUUUUAAAUGAACAUUGCACAGGCAGCUGUUGUCUAGAAAGCUAAACCUAUAUUAGUCAUAUGAUUGAAUAAAAGAUAUGGAAAGAGACAUGGAAUGGGGACAGCAGUGAGAUCUGGGCAUUGUGCCUCAGCGAUAAUAAGUCUCCUUGAUGAGUCUCCUACGCGUUUUCAGACAACAUUGAGUUAUCUGAAACAUUUUGACAGCAUUGACUGGUCUGACAACAUUUUGAGACAUUUUCAGACAACCCUGAGUGUCUAAAUACAUGGUUUGUUUAAAGUCCUCUUCCUGUUUUGCUUGAAGGAGCUUCUUGGUACUGUCACUGUUUGACCAUCACUGCCCUACCCUAGGAUAUCGCUAGCCUAGAUGCUGCACACCUAUUAUCUGGAAGUCUUUUUAGGGGGGUGACUCUCUAGUCUUGCCUGUUUUGUUGCUCUCAUCUUUUCCCACAUUGGCAGCACGAAUUAGAGAUGUAUAGUAUAACUCUUGCUGUCUCUUACUAGCUCCUGAAAAAUAGGUGGUGACCCAAGCAGGGCUCGCUAGGGUGGGGGCUUUUUUUGGAGGGGGGGAAGGGAGGUGCUUAUUUUUCUGCUGCUCAGCAUUUUUGAUGAGUAAGAGGCACAGGGAGAUGCAGUUCUGCACUGAAUCUCGAUCAGAAGGUUCUUUCAUAUGGAAACAUAUUUUUAUAUUACAUUUAUACAGAAUUGUCCCUAUUUUGAGCUCAGAACAUUUUUAAAGAUCUGCACGUUGCUUAGAUUUGAUUCCUUUGGAAGAUGUUAUAAAGUAUGUAUUUUAUGUUUGCUAAUGUACAGUAUUACAAAUGUAAAACUAAACUUUGCUUGUCUAAUAAAUAUACACUGUGGAGGUACCAGUUUUAUUUUUAUUUGCUAACUUGAUUGGUUCUUAAUGAAUAGGAAAAGCAAAACUUGUCACUACUGGGACUGUCUUGUUAGCAUAAAUGAAGGUGAGGAGUGCUUUGUUUUUUUUAUCAAAGUAACUACACAGGGCUUAAGAAGCAGAUAGUGACUAAGAAUACUUGUUUAGUUGAAGUUGUUGGUGACAAAAAUUAGAGUUAAACAAGGUUCAGACUAGUAUAUUGUGUUCCCAGGAUUAUUUAAGAUUAUGAUCUUAAGUUACGUGAGUGUGUGUGUGUCCCCAUUCCCUCCCCUGCCUGUUCUGGGCACUCACUCUAGUGUAAAGUCUGUAUAAGGCAUGAUAAUUGCUAUCUGGUAUCCAAGCAUGUAUGAUGAAUCAAAGGAGAUGAGAAAGUCUGUCUCUUUCUAUUUGGGUGUGUUUAAGGACUAACUGUGGCAGAAAUAUUUACAGUGAAUAUGAAGUUAAUUGAUAAUAGGUUCAAGCCUGCAAAUGUAUGGGCAAUUAGAAUUUCUAGGUUUGUUUUGCCCAGAGAUAGCACUGGAUAAAGAGAUUGUUACAACUCCAGGGGACCUGCUGGAAGCACGGUAAACUUCAGGGGUUAACCUUAGGCAUCUCCACUUGUGAAUGUGUGUUGGCGCUUUGUUGCAAACUCUUCAGUUCAUUUUGAGCUUUUCUGCUAUUCUGAAAGUUAGUAUUAAGUGCAAAGGGGAGGAAAAAAACAUUUUUCUAGAAGAAUGAAUGUACCUGGGCUUUGAACAAUACGUAAAGCAUUUAGGGAAUGCAAAGGACUGUCUUCUUCUGAAAUAUAUAUCAGUAAUGUUGUGUUUGAAAUGCUUUUUUUAAUCAAUUACAAAAAGAAGUCAUCCUGAACACGCACUUGCAUUUAAAUGGAAAAAAAGUCUGAAUACAAGGUUAAUUGAAUUCUGAAAUGUCUUCUCUUCAGGCAAUAAGUAUUAACUAUUUCAUGUAAGUUAUGUUAGACAUUCAGAGUAAAUGUGGCAGUACCUAAUGUUAAUUUAAAGGAAAAUGUAAAUAGGUGUCUGGGUAGGGAGUGGAGUUAGAAAAUGCUGAUGUAUGGUGCUGAAAUCCAGAUUCCUAUAGCUGCGUCUGUAUUUGCUGGCAUUAAUCAUAUGUCAUGACUGUUGAAACCCUGGACAAGAAUGAACAAUAGACCUUUCUUUGUAAAUGGAACUUGGCAAUAAAAAUGGUGUUACUGAGAA